UCAAGUUAUUCUAUUUAACGAUGGUACUUCUAUAGGAUGGUACCACUUGGUGUGUGACAUCGAUAAUUGUCAGCAAUGCUAUUGUUCUUGCAAAAUACUCAGUGCAUACACAUCCAAUGUUCUUGGGUUCUAGCAUGAUAUGGUUUGGUAGAUCAUUCUUACAAUAUGCUUGAUGGAGAGACAUCCUUUGUGAUAUUAUUGCAAUGUUCUUACUUUACAGUUAUAGAAAGGUUCACGAGCUUCAUUGGCAAGGGAGGCUCACUCAUCUCCAGCAUCUAUACCAUAAGGUGCAUGGUUUCCAAAAAACCAUCACGUAAUGACCAUUAUGUAAUGGCAACGCUGGGUACUGCUACACGUUAUAGGGCUAUAAUGGUUGUUACAGAAAAAAAAAAUGGCUUGUAACAGCCCGUUACGGGGCCAUUGCAGGUUUUUUUUUUUUUUUUUUUAAUUUAAUUCAUUGUAACAGCCGUUAGGGUUCGUAUCGUUACGGUAAUGACAAGCCAUUACAAUUUACAACCAUCGUCACUGUUUUUGAAUGCCUUGAUAAGGUGGCGUACCUUCAGGGCAAUACCUUGAUGAGGUGGCAGACCAUUAUGGCAAUUGGAAGCAUUGAACUAGUGAGCUACCAUGACAAGGGGGGAGUUGUUGUCAUUUAUUUGUCCCAUUGGGAUUAAAGAUUUUCUUAGGAAGUUGUUGUCAUUUAUUAGUCUCAUAGAGACUAAAGAUUUAGUUUUUCUAAGUUAUUUCCUCUCCUUGAAAGAUAACAAUAAUUCAAAAAAUAUUAUUAUUAUAAAUAUUUUUACAAUAAUAUUGAAAUAUAUAAAUUUCUUGUUGGGCUUACCAAAAACCCAGGGAGGAUUUUAUUCUAUUUUUGUGGUGGUGGAUUGAUUCUUAAAGAUGGAACAUUUUGUCCCGUGUGAGAAGGCCUUAGAUGCUUCUUAUAUAGCUACAUUAGUCUUUUGGGAUGUUUUUCGAUUACAUGGGGUGCCAAAAACUAUUGUUUCUAAUUGGGAUGCCAAGUUUGUAAAUUACUUCUAGAAAACCUUGUGGGCAAAAAUGGGUACAAAAUCAUCCUUAGAUGGAUGGUCAGGCAAAAGUAGUGAAUCUAAGCCUGGGAAAUUUGUUAUGAUGCUUGGUUGGAGACAAAGUUACAACUUGGGAUCUUAUUCUUAGGCAGAGUAUGCUUAUAAUAGCUCUGUUAAUCGAUUGACGGGAUGAUCACCUUUUGAGAUUGCUAAUGGUAUUAAUCCUAGGUAGCAUAUUGAUUUGAUUUAUUUACCGACAUUUGCUUGCACUAGUGAAAAUGCUGAAGCAUUCUCUUAGCAUACUAAAAAAUCCAUGACGAGGUCUGCCAAAAGAUUGCAAUUAGUACUGAAAGUUAUAAAGAUAAAGUUGAUCUUCAUCAAUCUUUUGCGCAAUUCAACAAGGGUUAUAUGGUGAUGGCUUGUUUCAACCCAAGAGAUUUCUAGGCAACACCUAUCACACAGUUCAUACAAAGGAUGUUGGACCUUAGCUUAUGUUGAAGCGACUCGUGGAGAAAAUGCUUAUUUAUUAGAGCUUCCACUAGAUGCUUGAUUCAGUCCUGUCUUUAACAUUGAAGACUUGACACCAUAUUUUGGUCAUCACGAGGAGAUUGAAGGAUGUGUCGUCCACCUUACCCCAACACCUAAAGGAAAUACAGAGGAAAUUGAAAAUGUGCUUAAUGAUCAAAUUGUUUCCACAAGCCGUGAUGGAUGCUAAAAGUUUUUAGUUAAGUGAAAGAAUCACCCACAGUCAGAUUGUACGUGGAUCACUGCAAAGGAUUUUCAGCGAAUUAAUCUUGAUCUAUGUGAGCAUUACUAGGUUAUUUACUUGUCGGAGCUGAGUUUUCUCAAGCUGGGGGGAGUUGAUGAAGACGGGCCCAUGGGCCUCAAAGUUUGCAGCUGUAGGCCUAAGAAAGCCCAUGGGUGUUCAAAAGACCCAUAGAUUGGGCCCCACAAUCCCACAAGACCAGCACGUCAUAUCUUUAUUGGAAGCAAUUUUCAUUUAUGAGUUCUCUAGAAAGUCAAAGAGUCCUUCUUUUGAAAGUACUGUUCUAGAAAGAUGUUCUUAGGAAAUUGUUGUCAUUUAUUAGUCCUCUUUUGGACUAAAGCGUUUGUUUUAGAUUUCUUUAAUUUAGGAAAUUUCUAUCGAGUCUAUAAAAGGGAAAGGCCAUGGCAUUUUAAACUAUUCCAAAAUUGAGAUUGAAUGAAUAUUUUUGUUAAUUGUGAGACCCCAUUAAAAUUUUCUAGGUGAGACUUCUAGGAAAUCUUUGCGAGACUCUUAAGGUACAUCCUCCACUCUUCUUACUUUCUUUCUUCUAUACUUAUUGUUUUCUUGUUCAGUUUUACCUCUCAUAAGUUACUAAUCAAACCUUCAACCCCUAAAACCUUCUCCAAAACCUGCCCCUAUCACCCCUUUAAGCCCUUCAUUCCAUCAUUCCCUUACCACCUCCAGUAGCCCUUCUUUAACCCCCUUCAUUCCAUGCUUCCUUUACCCUCUCCAACAGCCUCCUUCAAGCCUUUCAUUCCACCCUUCCUUUAGCACCUCAAGCAGCCCCUCGUUAACAUAUAACAGUCCUCUUUGGGUGCACAUCAGUGGAGGGCGUUCAGUCCUCAUAUUAAGAAACCCGUUCUACUUCAGUAGAUGGUUCCAGCUGCCAUCCCUAGAUACAUGCCCACACGUAUGGUAGAGAUGAAGGAGACUGGUGAGUAUCCAUGUCCCACAAGGCUCACAAGCCUCAAUAGCUUCCACAAGAGGUACCUAUAUAGCAUUUCUCUCACUGAUUCAUCUGAAGGUAUGUGGUGUUUACAACAACUACUACCAUUAUGUAUCAUAUGCAAGUUGAAUGAAUGGUAAAUUCUCUAUGCAGGUGUGGGAUUACCGAAAUUGCAUGCCUAAAUCAGGAAGUGACAUUUCUUCUGGGAAUAAAUUUCCAAUUGUUCAGAAAGUGCGUCUGCGCAUGUGCACAGAAAAUGUUGUCAAGGAUAUGUCAUCAAUCUCUGAUGAUUCAUGGACCUACAGCGAUCUAUUGGUCAGUAUGCUCAACUGGAAGUUGAAUCCCGAAUUCUCAAGGCCAUGCAACCAGAGCUUUGUUUGGAUCCAAUCCCAUUGUUGGACCGACUUUGUAGAACUACUGGUUCAAAAAAGCUCAAUUUGGGAAUCCGCGGAUGGAGAUAUAAGAAAAAGCAGAGUGAUGUACCAGAAACUAACCUCAUGUCUAUCAAUCUAUCCUCUACACAGAAUAUCUCAAGGACUGGGGUGAUCAAGAAUCCAAGAUCCCAUGCACGUCUUGUGGUUGAUGGAUCAGUUCCAUCAUGUGCCAUGCAUAUCUCGAACAUACAACAGAACAAAUUUGGGCCAGAGGUUUUAAGGCAUGGCCCACCAAUGGCAUCAGAUCCAAACUAUCAAUCGACAGUCAAUUGCUCUAGAUUGGUUCCUGCAACGCCGGUGAUUCCUGAACAAGAUCUUAUUGACUCCUAUAGUGACCCGAGAAAUCCCAGUACUUCCGUCAGAAAGAGGGACAUAUGUGAAGCACAGCUCAGUCCCAAAUCUACAAUGUUCAAGAAACCAAAACAGGAGCAGCUCGACUUGGUUCAACAGCAGCUCAAUGGGGGUCAAGUAGGUGCCAUUGGAGCUGAUCUCCAGUGGAAGAACAACAUGUUACCGCUCCGACUGGAGGCUGGAAGAGUCCAACGUGCAAGAUUUGCGGGCCCGAAGCAUCCCCAAGCUUUGACGAAUGACAGCCAGCAGGCAGUUCUAGAAGGGGAUCUGAAGCUGGACACAGGGACACCCUCUUAUUUAGACCCAAGGGGCCCACAAUAUUGUGUGAAAGAUGAGCUGAUCGAGACCACCAAGCUAGAAAAACCACAGGUUGAGAAUAUAGCUGGUCAUCAGACAAUGGGUAUCAGAAGCGAUCAAUCUAAUCAUCUGCAGCGUCAAUCGCCGCUCGUGCGAGCUCAGUUCCCACCCCCAAUUCAAUUGUACAAUCCUGGUCUGCCUGUCGAGAAGGAUAUGAAAAGGGACGAUGCUUCUCAGAAAAGGAAAUCGGCACAGAGUCCCUGGGUGUCUUCUGUGGGGCCCACCCAGUCCCUGGUAGCACCUACAAGAUCGGGGAAAAUUUCUAGCUUCUCUUUGGGAGCUCCCUACAGCACAAGCCAGUCAGCUUCUGCUAUUGGAUCGCACAAGGAGAAAGCAGCAUCAGUGUCAGGCGCUGCCCUUGGAACUGCUUCUGUAAACUCUGGCCACAAUGAUUCUUUGCGGGAGAAUCAGGCCUCACUAUCAACGAAGAGGAAAUCUAACUCGCUCCCUAAAACGCCGAGUAUGAGUGGAGUCGGAUCUCCUGUGAGCGUGAGUAAUGUUAAUGCUCCGUUCAAUGCAAACAGCCCUCCAGUUGGGACCUCAUCCGUACCACUUCCUUCUGGAUCUAAGGGCGAUCCAGUUCUCAGCAGGUUCUUCAAGAUUGAAAUGCUGACACAGAGGUACCGCCUCAAUUACAAAGAUUGCAAAGUUAAUGAGUCUCCUGAAAGGAAGCCGUUCUUGCACGACCCUCAGCUGCUUGCUUUCCAGCUCUCCCAGUCUGAGGACACUGAUGGAUCCAGAGACACCAUAAAUACAAUGCCAAUGUCCAAGUCACUCAUUGGAGGGAGCAUCAAUGCCUGCAAGACCAGAGUUCUGAGUUUCAUCCGCCCACGACGUGCUUAUCAAGGAAAUGGUAUGUCUGUCAUUGUUCGUGAGUCUCAGUGCAAGCUAGUAAUGUCAGAGCACCCCAAAGACCACUUGGUAGAAGCGCAGAUUAUUUAUAAAGGUGAAGAGGAGAGUGAUGUUUUUGCAAUUUCUCAGUAUGACCUACCAAAGCUGCCCAACACUCAUUAUGCAGACUUGCUCGCCGCUCAGUUUGCUUCCCUGAUGGUGCGCAACCGGUACCAACUUACCAAUGAUCAAGUCCAACCUUAUUCAACCUGCAAUGAUGGCGCAUCCAGUAACCAACCUGCCUUUCCCGGGGAACCGUGGGGUAGGCCACCUGAGCUACCUUACCCAACAGCCAUUUCAGGCCAGUCCAUGAAUGCAGUUAAUCCCAUGAGCAGCAGCAUCUCAACCCAGAGCCUACAGCAAUUCUCGCCGCAGAAUAUUGUAGCUGGGGUCCGCAUGCUAUCGCGCAACAAUCUCCAUGCUUUACAGAUGUCAUCCAGCUAUCUAUCGAGACCACUACAGCUGGACUCCGCUGUCCAACUCGCUGCAAUGCAUAAGCAGCAGCACCCUCACAUUCAGAGAUCAUUGCCGCUUGUCGGGAACAAUUUGUUGGGCAGUAGUACAAACCUCCAGAUGGGUAAUCAAGUGGUUAGCAGUCAGGCUCAUCUGCAGUUUCAGUUGCAGCAACGACAGUCGCAGCUUCACCAGCAGAGGAAAAUGAUGGUUGCAGGACUCGGGCCCACUGUGGGUGCAGGCAACAUGGGCAUGAUGCAAUCCAUGGGCAGUUCUCAGGGGCUCGGGAACAUGGUGGGCCUUGGCUCCACGAGCAAUGUAGUGGGCAUGGGUGGUUUGGGCGGGUCCAUGUCAGCGUCCAUGGGGGGACAUGUCCCCGGCCUGAGCAACCUGGGCCAGAUUAGUAAUCUCAACCGCGUUUCCAGUAUUGGCAACUUGAGUCAGCAACUCCGGGCUGGAGGGAUAUCCCACGCUCAGGCUGUGACGUUGGCAAAGAUGCAGUUGCAGCAGCCACGGGGAAGGGGAAUGCUGAGUGGAGGGCUGAUCCGAAACUCGAUUGACGGUGUUGGCGGAAUGGCUGGAAGUGGGAUAAUGCAUGGCGGGUCUAUGUCGAUGAAUCAGACGCUUGGCAGGGGUGGGAUGCCCCACUCACAACAUGGGGAUAUGGUGUCUAUGGGCUUCCCAAAGUUUCCUUCCACGAACCCUUUUAUGAACAAUCAGCAGCAGCAAUUGCAGGAGCUGCAGCAGACAGGCUCACCGAUGAGCCCACAAGUGAGCGGCUUGCCUGAGCAGGUGGGUUCGCCGAUGGUUCAUACGAGUUCACAACAAAUGGGCCAACAGGUGCCAAUGAGCCCGCAGCAACUGUGCUCUGGGGCAGGGUCUCAGCAGCAGAUGAACGCGGGUAGUGGCUGGGUGGGCCCAGGGAGUCCGCAGCUGAGUUCACAAACACACGGGUCUGUCGGUAGUAUAACAAGCUCACCCAUGGAGUUGCAGGGUGUGGCUAAAGUUGGUGCUACUGUGAGCAAUGGUGUGGUGGGAGGCGAGUGAACCGUGAGCUGAUAUGCAAAGUAUCCUCCAGCCGCGAGUUUACACAAAUGGGCCCUGUGGUUUGAUGAUUCACACUGUUGAUACGGUGGGGUCCAACCUGGAUGGAUGAUUCCUGAAAGAGCCCAGAUCCAAUACUAAGCUUUAAACAGGUACAAUCUGCACCUGCAUGAACUUAACAAACAUUGAAAUGCACAUUGACGCAUUUAGACUGCACCGAGACACACUUAAACAUGCUUAGAUGCACUUUGACACAUUGCACAUACAAAACUUUGUAUUGGAUCCAAGCUAUUCCUGAAACCUCUCCCAGAUGGAAUGAUAGUUAAGAAGGAAAUACAUGAAUUCUCUGUAUUCUGGGGAAUCAACCAUCCAUGCAAUCGCCCAUUAGAUCGAACAGUAUGGAUCACCAAUCAGCAGGCACCAGUUGGAUGAAUUCAAGGGUUGAGGAUGCAGCGCAUAUCGUCUCGUCCCGAGGAUCACAAAAUCGCACAUUGGAGCUGAUGGGUGGUUUGUAAAUAGGAGAGAGGAGGCAUGGCUGCUUGCUCCUGUGAGUGAAGAGUGUGUAAAGCCAUUUUGUUUCUCUUUUCUUCUUCUUCUUCUUCUUUUUUUGCGUUGUUGUUGGAAAGUUCAGCAAAUCCUUUAUAUGUGAAGAGUAUGUAUUCCUAUACAGUAAAUCCUUUUGAUGUUGCA